GCCUGUCCGCGGAGCUAGACUGGCUGCGCGUCCCAGGUCGGCCGCUUCCAGCCGAGCCCUCGGCUACCGCGGCGGUGCCCCGAGCCAGAUACUCUCGGGCUCCGUGCGACUCCAGCCGUUUCCUCGCUCGCGCGGCGCCAUCUCGCCCCGCUGGAGAGGGAGACCUGGCGGCGCUCUGACUGAGGACUCCGGUGUCUCAGCCUUGGGGCACCUCCGGAGACAGCCAAGUGCCCGCAGGUGAAGCCGGCGUCCCAGCCCACCGACAGAUAGCACCUCUUGGGAACCUCGACCACCGAGCCUUUUCCAGCGCCUGCAGCGCAAGGCGCACGGGGAGACUGGGGUCCACGGCGGGGGAAGGAGUGACCAGGACACCGAUGAUGGACGCACAGACCUGGCGCGUGGGCUGUCGCUGUCUCCUCCUUCUGGCUCUCGUUGGGUCUACCCGAAGCGAGGGCUUGCAGAGCUGCGAAGAAGUUAGGAAACUUUUCCAGUGGCGCCUGGUGGGACCUGUCAAUGGGCUGCAGGAUUCGCCGCGGGCAGGGCCUGAUCUUCAGGUUUGCAUAGCCAAAAACCCUGCAUGUUGCACCAGGAAGAUGGAGGAAAGUUAUCAAAUUGCAGCUCGCCAAGAUAUGCAGCAGGUGCUUCAAACAUCCAGCUCUACAUUAAAGUUUCUGAUAUCUCGAAACACAGCUGCCUUUCAAGAAACCCUUGAAACUCUCAUCAGACAAGCAGAAAAUUACACCAGUAUACUGUUCUGCAACACCUACAGGAACAUGGCCUUAGAGGCCGCUGCUUCUGUCCAGGAGUUCUUCAUUGAUGUAGGGCUCUAUUUAUUUGGUGCGGAUGUUAAUCCUGAAGAAUUUGUAAACAGAUUCUUUGACAGUCUUUUCCCUCUAGUCUACAAUCAUCUCAUUAACCCUGGUGACAGUUCCCUGGAAUACUCAGAAUGCAUCCGGAUGGCCCGCCGGGACAUUAGUCCAUUUGGUAAUAUUCCCAAAAGGGUACUGGGGCAGAUGGGGCGAUCGCUGCUGCCCAGUCGUACAUUUCUGCAGGCGCUGAAUCUGGGCAUUGAAGUCAUCAAUACCACAGACCAUCUGCACUUCUCCAAAGAGUGCAGCAGAGCCCUCCUGAGGAUGCAGUACUGCCCGCACUGCCAAGGCCUGACUCUCAGUAAGCCUUGCAUGGGAUACUGCCUCAACGUCGUGCGAGGCUGCUUGGCACACAUGGCAGAGCUUAACCCACACUGGCAUAUGUACAUCCUGUCAUUGGAAGAGCUGUCAGAUGCCAUGCAUGGGACAUACGACAUUGAGCACGUGCUGCUGAACUUCCACUUGCUCGUUAAUGAUGCUGUGGUGCAGGCUCACCUUGACGGACAGAAAUUAUCGGAACAGGUAAAUAAGAUUUGUGGCCGUCCAAUCAGAACACCCACACAAAGCCCCCGUUGUUCUUUUGAUGGGAGCAAAGAGAAGCAUGGAAUGAAGAUCUUUAUAAGAAAUGGGGAAGAGACACUUGCCAACAGAAGAAAAGAAUUUAUCAACAGCCUUCGACUGUACAGGACAUUCUAUGGAGGCCUGGCUGAUCAACUUUGUGCUAAUGAAUUAGCGGCUGGUGACGGACUGCCAUGCUGGAACGGAGAAGAUAUAGUAAAAAGCUAUACUCAGCGUGUGGUUGGAAAUGGAAUCAAAGCCCAGUCUGGAAAUCCCGAAGUCGAAGUCAAAGGAACUGAUCCUGUGAUAAAUCAGAUUAUUGAUAAACUGAAGCAUGUUAUUCAGCUGUUACAGGGUAGGUCACCCAAGCCCAGCAAGUGGGAACUUCACAUGGGCAGUGGUGGCGACAUGGCUGAACUGGUCAGCGGGGGCUGUGAUGAUGAAGAUGGUUGCAGGGGAUCAGGAAGUGGAGAAGUCAAGAGGACACUGAAAGUCACAGACUGGAUGCCAGAUGAGAUGAACCUCAGUGAUGUAAAGCAAAUCCAUCAAACAGACGGUAGUAGUACUUUAGACACAACUGGAGCAGGAUGUACAGCAACAACUGAAACUAUGGCAUUGGCUCUGAUGGGUGCAGUGAUGUUACUUCCUGGGCUUUGGUUAGCAACUAACUGAAGUUAAGCUGAACAAGAAAGGAAUGACAAUUCAAAGGAACUCAAAUGUAUCCUCAUUUUCCUCAAGUCACCAGUUGUGCUGUCUUCUCCCUUAGUGAUGCUCAACUUUCAUUGUCCCGCUGCCUUUGUUAUCGGUACUCUCAGUGCCUGUGUGGGACACUUUGUACAAAAUGGAACUCAGGCUUGGAAAUAAGACUAGUCCUGGUUUUGAAUAUCAGCUCUCUGAAACAUCUGUGAAAUUGAGAUGACCAUACCUCCCCACCCUUGACUGAUUUAUUGGCAAGGUUUACUGAGUGACUAUAUCUACAGUGACUGGCACAUUGUGGGGAUUAAGUAAAUAUGA